UCCAACUCGUUUGUUGUGUAAUGGUUUUUUUUUUUAUUGUAGUGUGCUUAUUUCGCUGCUAUUGUUAGGUAUUUUCGAAUCAGGUUCUGAUGAGCUUGUUACGAGUAGGUGUCCUGCAAUCGAUACCAUUGAGGACGGCUAAAUCUGAUAUUCGAUGGCUCCGGAAAUUCUCUUCGUCAUCGGCUUCAACAUUGGUUAAUACUCGAGAUUUAACAUCCGCAAUGAAAUUGGAAAUCGAGAAAAAGUGGCAUAAUAAUUUGGGCGACUAUAGGUUCGAUACUACCAGUCCGAAACCGAAACGUUACGUGCUCUCAAUGUUUCCGUACCCUUCUGGUAAUUUACAUAUGGGCCAUGUUCGGGUUUACACCAUAAGUGAUGCCAUGGCACGGUUCUAUCGUAUGAAUGGUGACAACGUUCUACACCCGAUGGGUUGGGAUGCAUUCGGGCUUCCGGCGGAAAAUGCCGCUAUACAAAGGCACAUCCCGGCUGACCGUUGGACAAAACAAAACAUUCAACAGAUGAGGGACCAGUUUCUGAAACUGCAGUUCAGUUUUGAUUGGGAAAGGGAGUUGGCGACUUGCGACCCAGAGUAUUACCGUUGGACACAAAAGUUGUUUUUGAUGCUGUAUAAUGAUGGUUUGGCUUACCAGAAGGAAGCAUUGGUGAACUGGGACCCAGUUGAUGAGACGGUGUUAGCUGAUGAGCAGGUUGAUGACAAUGGGUGCUCUUGGCGUUCGGGGGCUAAGGUCGAGAAAAAGAUACUGCGACAAUGGUUCAUCAAGACCACCAAAUUUGCUAAGUCAUUGUAUGAUGGUUUGUCGGAUUCGAUUUUGAAAGAUUGGAAAGAUAUUAUUAAAUUGCAAAAGCACUGGAUUGGUGAGUGCGAUGGGUACGUAUUCGACCUAAAGAUAAUUGGUGAAAACGGAGUUAUUCCACUUUGGGUCAGCAAUCCUCAGUUGCUAAGAGAAGCACUGUUUGUUGCAGUAAAUCCGACCAAUUUACUCAAUAGAAGUAAUGCAAAAGAACAAAAAAUGAACAUAAAGCUUGAACAUCCAGUUACGGGAAAACCGAUCCCUGUUAUUGUUACGGAACAAGUUAUUUAUCCUGAGGGUAAUGACUUUUAUUUGGGAGUGGCAUCGGUUGAUGGAGACCGCCAACUAGCUUCAAUACAUCAAUGCCCAGUUGAACACAUAACGGAUAUUGAUUCCGAAAACGCUUCCCGGAUAGAAUCGCAGUGUUAUUCGUCAAGUUCAAAACUUCGCGACUGGUUGAUUUCUCGCCAACGUUUCUGGGGAACACCAAUCCCAAUAAUACAUUGUCCAAGCUGUGGAACCGUACCAGUACCUGAAUCGCAGUUACCGGUUGAACUGCCAUUGGAUUCUGUAGGGAUCCCACUUUCUCAGAACACUGGCUGGAUGAAAACGACCUGCCCCAAUUGUCAAUCGGAAGAAGCAACACGUGAAACGGACACAAUGGACACCUUCGUUGAUAGUUCAUGGUAUUUUUUGCGUUUCUUGGAUCCAAAAAAUCAGCAGAGUCCCUUCAAUGAGAACUAUUCCCACCAAUUUAUGCCAGUUGAUUUGUAUGUUGGUGGGAAAGAACACGCUGUUCUGCACAUGUAUUAUGCCCGGUUCAUGAACCAUUAUUUGUACAGCAAAGGGUUAGUACCAUCUCCGGAACCAUUCAAGCGUCUGCUGAUUCAGGGCAUGGUUAUGGGUCGUUCGUUUCGGUUAAAAGAAAGCGGAAAAUAUCUACCCGUUGACCAGGUUACCAUUGUGGAUGAAAAAAAGAACAAAGCAAUUGAAACGUCUACUGGUCUACCCGUUGUUACGCUCUGGGAGAAAAUGUCCAAAUCUAAACUGAACGGAGUUGAUCCUUUGGAUGUGCUGAAAGAGCAUGGAUGUGAUACUUUGAGACUAAUUUUGCUAGGUGAUGUUGCUCCCACUUCGCACAGAAAUUGGUCAGAAGCGACUUUCCCGGGAAUCCUGAACUGGCUGAGGCGCAUAUGGAUGACAAUGUACGACUACCGAUUACAUCGAACGGAUAUCCCGUUAGAUCACAGCGCUUCAUUCUCAGACGAGUUUCACGAACAGGACUCCAAACUGUGGGACUCACGAAACUACUUUGUAGCCGGUGCUACAUUCAAUUAUAAGCAUUCGCAUCAGUUAAGUGUAGGCAUUUCCAAAAUGCAAGGUCUAACGAAUGCUAUUCGGCGAUCUUCACCGGAGGUGGUUGCAUUUAGUCGGCAAUAUGAGCGAGCAAUAGCAGCACAGAUCAUUAUGCUCGCUCCGAUGGCACCGCAUUUUGCUUCCGAAUUGUGGGAACAGUUUUUGGCGUUGCCUCAUCGUUUGAAUCCUAGCUCGGACGAAAUCAACUGGGAGGGUGGGUUGUUUGAGCAGAAUUGGCCUGUUGUCGACGAAGAUUAUGCACUGGAUCUGACGUUCAAAGUUAACGGAUACGAGUGUUGUAUUCUAAAGAUACCGACCAAAGAACUUAAUUUGCUAUCUCAUCAGCAAUCGUUAGAUCUCGCAUUUCAGCAACAGGCGGUUCUGAAAUACAUUGGUCAGCGGAAGGUUUCCGGUACUGAGUUCGUACUGUAUCCCAGUUGUGAUGCAAUUCUUAGCAUUAAUUUAGAACAGGGAACAAAGGCAAAGGACGAAGAACCGCAGGAGGGUCCAGUUCUGAAGAAUGGCAAAAAAGAUAAAAAGAAAAAGAAAAAAUUGAAACGAGCAGCUGAACAGUAGUGCUUGAAAAUAUAAAUGCCCUUAUUACCGUUCUCACUUCCACUUUCACGUUCACUUCACUUACAUACUUCACUUGAUUUUUCCUAUUACCGGUAUCACGCAUAGUGAAGUGAUCACUGUGGUGAAAAAAACUAUUUUUUUUAACAAAAUGUUGGUGGCGUGAUGUUCAUGAUGGCAGCAAGUUCAUCCAAGUAAUAACUUUUGUCUCUCAAGCGACUGCCGUAAUAAGGACCUACAUUCACUUCACUUGAUUUCCACCAUGAAGUGAUACCCAUAAUAAGGGUCCCAGUCACUUCACUUGGUUUUCACCGUGAAGUGACACCGGUAAUAAGGGCCAAAGUGAUUUUCAAUAAAAGUGAUGUCAGUAAA